CAGGUUGCGGGCAUGGAGAGAUGCAAUGUCGUGAUGGACUCUGUAUCCCCUGGACGCUCUGGUGCGACGGCGCACCGAAUUGUCAGGAUGGCAGCGACGAAGCCGACUGCCUUGGUCGCACAGGUUGCGUGCCUGGAGAGACGCAAUGUAGUGAUGGACUCUGUAUCCCAUGGACGCUCUGGUGCAACGGCGCACCGAAUUGUCAUGAUGGCAGCGACGAGGCCGACUGCCCUGGUCGCACAGGUUGCGGGCCUGGAGAGUCGCAAUGUCGUGAUGGACUCUGUAUCCCUUCAGAGCUCUGGUGCAACGGCGCACCAAAUUGUUAUGAUGGCAGCGACGAGGCCAACUGCCCUGGUCCAGGACAAAGUUGCUUGGACUCGGAGUGGCGAUGCGCCGACGGACUUUGCAUCCCUUCAGAGCUGCGGUGCAAUGGUCGCGCCAACUGCUGGGACGCCAGCGAUGAAGCCAACUGCACAGCCCCGACCACAACUCCCGACCCUGCUCCAGCUGUACCGUACUGCCCUGCCCACACGUGGCUGUGUGCAGACAACCGCGUGUGCAUCCCAGAACACGCGCGCUGCAACGGUGUGCCCAACUGCCACGACGGCUCAGAUGAAAAAGACUGCAAAACUUGCUUUGGCGACCAAUGGAAGUGUGACGACCAGCACUGCAUCGCUCGCGCUGCGCGCUGCAACGGUAUAAGAGAUUGCCCUGACGCCUCAGACGAGCUUUUCUGCAACCAUCGCUGUGAACCGCACGAGUUUCAGUGCAACAAUGGGCGCUGCAUUCUACUGAUGUGGCGUUGUGAUCUCGACAACGACUGUGGAGAUGCCAGUGAUGAGGCCAACUGCGGCCUCUUAAUGCCGGGUAAAUAA